AUGGCUGGGUUGUCUGAUGGGGAAGAUGCCGACUUUCAGCUGAUACCCUCCUACUUGGGGGGGGGGGAAGCUUUUCCACCGCUGUGCCCGUCCUCGGAGGCCCCGGUUUCGACGGGGACGACUACGAUGGCGCAGUUGCUUGCGGAAGUGAAUAUCCCGGUCUCCAUGCAUCCAGAUUUCCUGCCUUUCACGCCACAGGAGUUCGCGUUGGUGUCCGUGGAUUUGCAAGGUUUAGAUGCCUUUCUGCAAGGCCUGACGUUUCCCGGGGAUAUUUCCGAGCCUUUACUUACAGCACGUGUGCGUUUGCUGUGGCAAAGAUGCCAAGCGUUGUCGCAGGGCCCGAAGCCCAAGGCCGCCAGCAGUGCACCAGGCAUUUCACCCGUUUCGGAUGCUAGUUGGGUCGAGGCUUUCCCUAAGAAACUAAGCCCUGAGUUGGUCAAAUCCCUUGUGCAACGCUUCGAAAGCAGGUAUCCCUCAGAGAUCAUCUGUCCCGAAACGAUGCCCUCACAACGCCUACUGGCCCUCACGGCCAAACAAAUUCAGGACAAGCAUUGGAAAUGGAUACACUGGAAAUACCGUAUGUCGGAAGACAUGCUUGAGCAACAACUGCUGCAGAGGCCAGCGAAAAUGGCCAGAUUGGAGCUGGAGAAGAUCGUGUUUGACGAGGUGCCGAGCAGGGAUGUCAGUGCGCAAGGCAUGGGCCGCCACACCAUGCAAUCCUUUUUAGAACUCCAAGCAGUGGCGCUGGCCAUGUGCGGUGCUGCGCAUCUGCACACUUUAAGGGAGUAUAACAGACGUUUUUUGUCUAAAGCCUUUGAGCGUUUCCCGUCCGAGUCGGGCCUUCGGGCCCCGUCUGCUCAGGAAGCGUUGCAGGCAGAUCAGAAACUUUGGCAGGGCAUUGCACACCUGUAUAACCACGAGCAGUGGACUUUGGACAAUGCCAUUCAUGAGGUAGUGGUUGUGCGUUCAGAGGUUCAACAGUUGUUGCAGCCACGGCCUGCUCUUCCGAAAUUCUUCAAUGAGGUUCUUCGUGGGGGCAAGGGGCGGGAGCGUGGUCCGUUCAAGGGGGCCGGCAAAGGCAAGAAAGGGCCGGAAGAUCGUCAACGCAAUCAAGUCAACGCCGGGGGGCUCAGUCUGCGCCUCGCUCAGUGGUACUCCGGCAAAGGGGGUGAACGUAAGAACCUGUGCCGGGAAUAUCAGUGGGGUCGUUGCAAGCGGGGCCGAGAUUGCAAGUUUGAGCAUUUGUGUGGUGUAAUGGCUGUGCCGGGCAAGCCGUGCCUCGGUGAACACUCGGCGAAGGAUCACAAGGUUCCGUCUGAGGGAGUAGAGGCGAAACAGCUUCAGUCCGAUGCAUUGGCUGUCUUUGCAGGUAGCCAAGGGCAGGGUGAGACUGUGCGUGUGGUAUCCAGCAGCGCUACUGUUUUGCAGGCUCAAGGUGGCGUGCCUGAGAAGGUGUCUGUCAGUCAAUCUGUUGAGGCGCCCUGUGAAGGCCCGCCGCGGCCUGUAGUUGGUGUUGCUGCGGAGGCAAGUGCUGUGGAUGUGACCAUGAUGGAGCCCCGCCCGGGUUCAUCGUCUUUUGCAGAAUGCUUGGCCUUGUUGCGCUCCAGUGGUUUGGUGGAGUGGGGCAGAGAUUUUCGUGACGGCCAGUUGUGGCUGGAAGAGCCGACAGGGGAUGUGCCUUGUUUCAUUCGGGAAUUGGGUGUAGAGUUGUCGGGUCGGUUGGUUUGCACCAAGGAGACACCCUUUGCAUUCAAUGGUGCUUUAUGGCAUGCAACCAUGCCGUGGCAGGGUGAACGCUGGGCUUUGACAGCCUAUACGUUGCCGGAGGUUUCGCCGGCAGCUCUUGCAGGGUUAAAUUUUCCGCAUCAAACUGUGGAGAUCCCACGCGUGUCUGAGUCGGUGCACGUUCCAACACCUGCUGCACCUCGGUUUUUUCUGGACAUCUGCAGUGGGUAUGCUUCCCCCUUGAGCCAGGCAUUGAAAGAGCAUGGGGUGCCUGUUCUGUCAAUCGAUGUGCUGCUGGAUGCGUCGCAUGACCUUUUACAAGAUGCCUUUUAUGAAAAAGUUUUAAGAAUUUGCUUUUCUGGGAAAUGUUCCAUGGCCCAUGGGUCCCCACCGUGCGGUGAGUAUAGCCGUUUGAAGUUGAUGGACAAGGAUGGCCCUCCGCCUGUGCGUAGCCCUGAAUUCUUGGACGGGUUGCCCGAUAACACGCCGGUCAUGCAGGAAAAGGUUCUGACGAGUUUUACUUUACUGUCGCGUACGGUCCAAUUGCUCAUGGCUGUUUACCAGUCCGGGGGGCAUACAUCACUUGAGCAACCGCGGAAUGCCAUGAGUUGGUUGGAGCCCGUGGUUCGUCGUUACUUGCAGGAGGUUUCUGCGGAUGUGAAUGUUGUGGCUGCCUGUAUGUUUGGCAUGCCAUAUCUGAAGCACUGGAUCUUUGCUUCGUCAUGGCGGCCCCUUCAAGCCCUGGCAUGUGUAUGCCCCCAUGGGCGAGACGCUCAUCACAAGGUUUUAGGCCAACGCGAUGCGGAUGGCACAUAUGUUUCGCGGCAGACUGCUUUAUAUCCGGCCCGUCUGGCUGAAGUCUAUGCGGAGAAGGUCCUGCCUUUGUUUCCGGCACCAGCUGAGGGUGUGCAGUUAUCCAUUCCGGAUGCCGUUGCUUGCAUACCAACACGCGUGGAGGACGUGUUUUCGGGGUUGCGCCCGCAACUUCAGCGCUUCAUGCUGGAAAAUAAAAUUCCGAACCGCCUGAGCGCACAAACCAAAGAGGCGUCUACUUCUCCGCUUUUCACUGAGGCCGAGGUUUCAGACUUGCGGGAAAUUUGGAAUGGGUGGUUCAAAGCCCAAGGACAUGAGGCUCCGGCAUGGGAUGUCCCUGAGGGCCAACCAUAUGCACUCCACGCGUUGCGGAAGUUAGCCCAGGUCAUGCACGACCCGGACGAGGCCUUGUGGCCUGCCUUGCUUGCAGGGGUGCCUACCGGUGUUCGGCACGAUAUACCAGCGAGUGGCGUUUUCGUUCCUGUUGCAUCAUCUGCCGCCCCUGCACUGGAUGAGCAUGAUUUCCUGCUGUGUACAGGCAAUUGGAAGGGUGCAGAGGAUGACCCUGCCCUGUUGGAAAGGAGGUGCCGGACCUUCAAACUGCGCAAGAUCGCUGGCCUCAGCUUGCGAUUGGUAAGGCUAACAUUGUGCAUGCGUUGGGACGCGACCCACGGCUCAUCAUUGAUCCCACGGUAUCUGGAUUGA